AUGACCUUCGUGAUCACAAGGCCUUGGAUACAUUUGCGGAAGUCAAAUAUCCCUGACCUCCACAGCGAUCCAUCAUUCACGUUUGCAAAAGAUCUGCUAGUUGAUCUAUGCAAGCCUCUUUUAUGUGAUUGUGGUGAACCAACCACACUCGUGAAGCGUGGCAACAUCCAGAGGCUUCUCAGAAUGGAAAAGCUGUGGAGUAGAGGUCUUGGCAAACUUUUGGAGGUGUCCAAUAGUAGUGACAGUGGCGGUGGUCGCAGUGGUGGCGGUAGUGGUAGCGGGGGUGGUGGUGGUAGUGAUACUAGUGGUCAUAGUGGUAGUGGUGGUAGUAGUGGAAGUGGUAGUGGUAGUAAUAGUGGUGGUAGUAGUAGUAGCCGUAGUCGUAGUAAUAGUAGUAGUCGUAGCCGUAGUCGUAGUCGUAGUCGUAGUAGUGGUGGCGGCGGCGGCGGCGGUAGUGGUGGUAAUGGUAGUAGUGGUAGUGGUAGUGGUCGUAGUAGUAGUCGUCUCAACGGCGGCAGUAGCAGCGGCGACAACAGUAGCUGGAGCAGGAGCAGAGACUAUGAUUAUGGUGAAGAUAGUUAUGGCUAUGAAGAAAAGAGAGAUUAUGGAGGCUAUGAAUAUAGUCAUAAUCAAGAGUUGGAUGAAAAUGAGGGCUACUAUUCUGAAGGAGAAUGUGAGAUAAAUGAUAAUCCUAGUUCUUAUAGUGAGUUUGUAGAUGAUGAAGAGCUUUGCAAUGGUUCUUAUAAGGAAAAUAGGGCAUGUGAGGAGUAUUACACUUUCCACUCUGAGCCUAGAGGUGAUGUAAGGUAUAACCCAUUCAUUUACAAAUCUUAUGAGGAUCCUGGUGAGAAUGUACGUGAGGAUUAUGAAGUUUCAUAUUCCUCAUCUUGUAGUACUUCUUAUCAAGGUCAAAUCGAUGAGAAUGGUUAUGCUAACUAUAGUAGAGGUUGCUCUAUGGAAAUACAAAAGCAUGCAUCUCCAAAGACUAAGGGUACUACAUCUUUCUCUUCUUAUCCCAGUGACCAAACGUAUGGAAAUGGGAACCAAGGUAGAUAUGGAGGGUAUAGUAGGAGUCAAGAUCUUCCUACUCUCUCCAUCUUUCUAAGAGAUUCGGGUCUCGAAGAAUAUCUUUAUAAGUAUUUUCCUUAG